UUCAAACCUUGAACUCAUAGUUUUACAGGUUUAAUGUCCGUUGGGAUUACCUUACACAAAACCAAAGUUUCAAUUUGUUCACCAACAUAAACAAACAUCUAUCAGAAUAAUCAAGGAAAGACUUUGAAAAAGUCUUCCAUCUUGUUAAAUGCUAUCUUCAACGGUAAUGCCUUGAACUAAUUUGAUUUUUUCUACUUCUCAGAAAACCAAAAAAUGUCAUUCUUUGCAACAUUGAACCUUGUGGUGGUGGUGCUGCUGCUUAUACUUCCAUACAACAACGUGCAUGGAGAUGAACAACAAGAGUCAUGCUCUAAAAGGUGUGGUGUCCAUAACAUAAGCCACCCUUUCCGAUUGAAAGACAGUCCCGAAAACUGUGGUGACAAUAGGUACAUCUUAUCAUGUGAGGACAACGACCAAUUGAUUUUGUACUAUGGUUCAUUUGGAAAAUACUAUGUACAAUCGAUUAAUUACAACAACUUUACCAUACGAUUAUUGGAUUUCAAUAAUCUUGGUCACUCUAAUUAUUCCCUCCAACCUCAUCCACUAGGCUUGUAUAAUUUCACUUCAACGACCAUCAAUCCAAGAGUCUUGCCAUAUACAGUGUUUGAUGAUUACAAUAUAGAUUUGUUCAACUCUAUGUUAUAUGUGACAUGUCCUAAACAUGUCCAAUAUUCUUCAGGUAUUUACUUUGAUGCUGCUUGUAUGAACAUUAGUAAUUCUUAUGAGCAGCAGAAAGGGAACUAUAUUGUGUUUGGGGACAGAUCUCUUUUGGAAUUUGGUCUAGGAGAUGGAUGUCGUAUAGAGUUGAUGUUUCUUACAUCUUGGCCUUUUGAACAUGGUGGCAACAACAUUUUUUGCACGGAUAUUCGUCGUAUGAUGUUUUAUGGAUUUGAACUUUCAUGGCUCAAUAGCCUUUGUAAACAUGGUUGGUAUUCAGAAAUCCUCGAUUACAAUAACCAACGUCGUGGUUGUGCACGUUUAGGUAAUUUUCUCCAAACGACUUCCUCAACAGGCUGAUUCUAGUUCAAGAGCGAUU